AUGGUGCUGCAGUCUGGCGACGGCGGUGAUGGAGUUAUAAGCGAGAGUACGUGGCAGUUAGUUGAUCGACAACGCAGAAGAUGCCAUCUAAUAAUUGGGAAUGGGUCCGACAGCUGUCUGGUUAAGGGCGUUGAAAGAAAAGUUGCGUUGCAUGUGAGCCGAAUUCAUCCGAAAACGAAAUUAUAAAAGAAGAGUUUUACCGACAUCGACAUAGCCUUCCAGCCUAAUCUAAUAGAUACUGCUUAAUGUUCAAUGCUUAAAUAUUGACAAAGUCAAUCAGCU